GACUUAAGUUCUUCGUUACUGAGAAACAGUGUGAAGAGCUUCAGGCAUACAUCAAUCAAAAUGGGAUUGUUGGGCCCUCAUCAGCAGCUGGCUCUCGUAUUUGGUGUCUCGGGCAGCAUUGUUUCAUUCCUUGUGUUCUUGGCACCAGUGCAAACCUUUUAUAAAAUUUACAAGAAAAAAACUGCUGAAGGAUACCAAUCAAUCCCAUACAUGGUUGCACUUUCAAGUGCAAUGUUGUUAUUGUACUACGGCAGGCUUAAGAGUAACGUGAACCUAAUCGUCUGCACCAGCAGCUUCGGAUGUGCCGUCGAAGUUAUUUAUCUGGUGUUAUACAUCGUAUAUGCACCAAAGAGGGAUAAGGUAUUUACAGUGAAAGGAAUAAUAUUAUUCAACCUUGGAGGGUAUUGUUUGAUAAUGGUUGUCACCAAUUUGUUAACACAAAGGUCUAAACGAGUGAUUGCAAUGGGAUGGAUUUGUGCUGUUUACAGUGUUGCAGUCUACGCUUCUCCUUUAAGCAUCAUGAGACAUGUCAUAAGGACUAAAAGUGUGGAAUACAUGCCCUUUCCCCCCUCCUUUUUCCUCACAUUAUGUGCCACAAUGUGGUUCUUCUAUGGACUUCUCAUACAAGAUUUCUUUGUGGCAUUGCCAAAUGUGUUGGGGUUUCUGCUUGGAAUAACUCAAAUGAUCAUCUAUGUGAAAUAUAAGAAUGCAAACAAGGGUGUUGAGAUAACAGAACAGAUGCAAAAAGAAGAUAUGGAGAGCUCAGUGGGGGAUAUAAAACCAAGUUUUGCAGAUCAUGAACAAAUCAAGAAAAUUACAAUCGUUAUUGCUGAGAAAAAAGUUGAAUCAGAUGAGAUCAAGGCAUGAUGUUGGUUAUAUUUCUUUUCUUAAUAAGAUAUGUAAGAGCGCAACUUAAAUAAAAGUAUAAUCUUCCA